AUGGCUGGAACAUCGUUCUUCAUGGUCAGUAACGUGCUGGUGCUGGUGCUGGUGCUGCUGCUGCUGGUGCUGCUGCUGGUGCUCAUGAUGAUUGAACAAUGGGAGAGAAAUUGGGCGACUUUGAUCGUCAUGAGCAAUCCCAGCUUCUCUUCCGGCUUCAUCGCUAGCUUCAACCCCAGCUUCACAUCUCUCAACUGGUCAGAGAAGCGCAUCUGCAUUGUGGGGGGAGGAUUCGGGGGCCUGUACACAGCAUUGAACCUCGCCAAGUAUCUAGAGGCCAAAGGGAAGUCCAAGGAAACAUCUGUAACUCUCAUCUCAGAUUCAGAGAGAUUCGUGUAUUCCCCUUUCCUCUAUGAGUUGGUCACCGGAGAGCUGCAAGAUUGGGAGGUUGCUCCUGUCUACACUGAUGUGCUCAAGGGCACGGGUGUCAAGUUUUUGCAAGGAAAGGCACAAAGUGUGGACAAAAUCAACAAGACCAUCUCUGUGGACCUUGCUUCUCUUUCAGGCGGGGGGAAGCAAGAGGUGUCUUAUGACAAGCUGAUCCUAGCGACGGGAGGAAAUUCCAAGGACGAGAAGGAAGGAGAGCCUGGCGUCUUCGGAUUCAGAAGUCUUGAAGACGCGAAGAAACUGCGAGCAAGGCUGGCAGGGCUGAAGUUUGCGAACAAAAAACCAAUCAAGAUUGCUGUUGUCGGUGGAGGAUACCCCGGCAUCGAGUUGUCCUGCAGCCUCGCAGCCAACAUGAAAAAGAAUGUUGAUAUCACCAUCUUUCAACGGGGAGACAAAAUCCUGCCAAGAGCAAACCUGUACAACCGCAUCGUUGCCACACAGAGGCUGGCAGAACUUGGGGUGAAGAAAUUCUUGCGGACGGAAGUCGUCGAGAUCAAAGACGAUUCGGUCUCCUGGAAGCAGAACAACGGGGCAGUUGCUGAAGACAAGUUCGACAUCAUCAUCCGCGCCUCCUCCUCGCGCCCCUCGGUCCUCAACGGUCUCGACGUGCAGGAGGAAGAUGGGAGAAUCCAUGUGAACGACAUGCUCAAGGUGAAGGAGGAAGAAGAUUUGUACGCCGUUGGGGACAUCGCGCGUUGCAUCGACUCCUCCGGCUCCCCUGUCCCUUCCACGGCUCAGAUUGCGAUGCAACAAGCUGAAGUGGCCGCAUGGAACGUGGUCGCCGACCUCACCGGAGGGGUCCCCUUAACCUUCAGGCGUCAGGACUUGGGGGAGAUGCUCUCUCUAGGAGGAUACACUGCCUCUCUCAGCUCCAAGGCUUUCGGCCUCCAGCUGGACGACAAGCUCGCCCAUCUGCUGAGACGUGAGUGGAACGAGGGUGCCGCCUCCUCGUGCUGA